AUGACCCCCAUCAAUCCUCAACCAGUCGGCGCCCCGCUCACCAUAUCGGCGACCUUCCUUGUCCUUUCAGUCACAAAGUUCGAUGGUAUUCCAACCAUCCGUUCAACACUUGCUGAUCUCGCCAGUCUGGCUAAGAAUGUGACUAUUCGAGGCCCAAAUACCCACUUUGCCUGCACUGUAGGCAUUGGUAGUGAUAUUUGGGAUCGUCUUACUGGGCAACCCCGACCGAAAGAGCUACAUACCUUCCGAGAAGUUAAAGGCUCGAGACACGUGGCAGUCAGUACGCCUGGGGAUCUUCUCUUCCACAUUCGCUCAGAUCGUCGAGAUAUUUGUUUCGAAUUUCAGCGGCAGCUCAUGGACCAUCUGGGUGACACAGUGAAAACGGUCGAUGAGACUGUCGGGUUCCGAUACUUUGAUGCAAGAGACCUUCUCGGGUUCGUCGACGGCACAGCUAACCCGGUUGGUCUGGAGAUCUCAUCCUCUGCUCUUGUGGCUGAAGAGGACACCAAUGCCACGGGUGGCAGCUAUAUCGUUGUGCAGAAAUAUGUCCAUGAUCUGUCUACAUGGAAUUCCCUCUCAGCCGAGAAACAGGAAAAGAUAAUUGGUCGAACAAAAUUAGAUAAUAUUGAGCUGGAUGAUGCUGAGUCUGGCCAGCGCUCACAUAAAACACUCAAUACUAUUACGGACGAGGCCGGAAACGAACAUGAUAUUCUUCGUGAUAAUAUGCCUUUUGGCUCGCCGGGGGCUGGAGAGUUCGGCACUUUUUUCAUUGGCUAUACGCGGCGUCUAUGGGUGAUUGAGAAGAUGUUGGAGCGCAUGUUUAUUGGGGAUCCGGCAGGGCUGCACGACCGAUUGCUUGACUUUUCAAAGCCUUUGACAGGUACAACUUUCUUUGCACCGUCUGCUAGUAUGCUCAGCAGCCUUGAUUGUGACGUAUAA